UUGGGUUUCUCUCUGUGAAUAUCUCGCAUCCGGGAUAGCACAAGAACAAUGAGGCCCCUGAUCCUGAUGUGGGUGCUGGGCGUCGUGGCCCGCGGAGGGAACGUGCCCCUGCCGGUGCGGAUCGAGCACCCGGGACCCCUCGUGGCCAAGGAGGGGUUCGGGCCCGAGGGGCCCGCGAUCGCCAUCGCCGCCGCUCAUCCGUUCGCCGUCGGCGUCGCGCCCUACGCAACCGAGCACCGAUCCCAGUACCACGCCCAGGACAACUACGGCAACUACGCCUACGGCUACGCCAACAAGGACCAGGCCAAGGAGGAGCGCAAGUUCCCUGACGGCACCGUCAUCGGUUCUUACAGUUACAACUCCCCCGACGGCACGCUCGUGACGAACAACUACGUGGCCGACGAGCACGGCUUCCGCUCGAACCUGGCCCCGACCCUCGCCAAGGACAACAACCAGGCCGUCGCCGACGAGGCGUUCAAGGCCGCCUCCAUCGCCCACCAGACCGGGCUCUCCGCGGUCGUCGAGGAGUCCCACCCCAACGGGGCGCCCGUUGCCGUCUCCACCGGAGUCUACGCCCCGUACGUGCAGGCCGCGUACGAGCCCAUGCCGGUCCACUCUUAUGGCCACGCCGCGGUCAAGAAGGAAUACCACGCCGAUCCCUACGGCCACGUCGCGGUCGAGAAGGAAUACCACGCCGAUCCCUACGGUCACGUCGCGGUGAAGAAGGAAUACCACGCUGAUCCCUACGUCGGAGUCCAAGUGGAGAAGGAAUACCGCGCCGAUCCCUACAGUCACGUCGCGGUCGAGAAGGAAUACCAUGCCGAUCCCUACGGUCACGUCGCGGUGAAGAAGGAAUACCGCGCCGAUCCCUACGUCGGAGUCCAGGUGGAGAAGGAAUACCACGCCGAUCCCUACGGUCACGUCGCGGUGGAGAAGGAAUACCACCACCCCGCCCCAGCCGCACCCUUGGUCGUCAAGAAAGAAUACCAACACCUCGCUCCUGUCCCCCCUGUGAUCGUCAAGAAGGAAUUCCACCACCCCGUCCCCGUCGCCCCCGUGGUCGUCAAGAAGGAGUACCACCACCCUGCCCCAGUUGUCGUCAAGAAGGAGCACCACUUCCACGCUCCCGCUCCUGCCGUCGUCGUCAAGAAGGUCCACCACCACCCUGCCCCAGUCGUCGUCAAGAAGGAGCACCACUAUCACGCUCCCGCCCCUGCCGUCGUCGUCGAGAAGGAAUACCAGCACGGCCCGGUCUACUCCGACGUCCACGUUGAAAAGGAGUACCACCACCCCGCCCCUUACGGCGGAGUCAAGGUCGAGAAGGAGUACCACCACACCGACCCCUACGGCUCCGUCAACGUGAGAAAGGAAUACCACGCCGACCCCUACGGCUCCGUCAAGGUCGAGAAGGUCCACCACCACCCCGCCCCCGUCGCCGUCCGCAAGGAAUACCACCACGGACCCGGCUACGAGGUCGAGAAGGUCCACCGCCACCCCGUCCCCGUCGUCUACGGUCGAUCCAUCGACAGCCGCCCCGCCUACGCCGACGUCCCCUACCCCACCGCCAAGACCCACUCCGAGCGCCUGGAGGAAGCCUUCGAAGGGGAACAUGUCCUCAUCAAGGCCCCCUUCGUCCGCCGCUUCCAGAGCUCCACGCCUUACUUCUACGCCAAGCACCCUCGCAGCCACCGGAGGCACUACACCCUGGGGAAGCACCAUUAA